AUGGCAAAUUCCGUAAUGUUCUUGACAUUUCUGCUUUCUUUAUCUCUCUUCCACACUUUUCAGUUAGUUCAGUCUCGUUCUUCUCUCUAUCAUGAUGAUAAAAAUUUCAAUGUUCUUGAUUAUGGAGCAAUUGGAGAUGGAUUUUCUGACGAUUCAAAGGCAUUCAAGGAUGCAUGGGAAGACACAUGCAAUUACAUUGGAUCCCAAUCAACUAUGGAAAUUCCUGAAGGAUACACAUUUCUUCUCCAACCAAUUGAGUUUCAUGGCCCUUGUAAAUCCAAGAAAAUCAUUUUAUCGAUAAAUGGAUACGUAAUUGCUCCCGGAUCUCCUGAUGAAUGGGAAUGCAAGAAAAAUCAUUGUCAUCAAUGGAUCGAAUUCGCUCAUAUAAAUGGACUUCAUAUCGAUGGUCGUGGUAUUCUGGCAUGUCUCAAGAGACCAAGGGGGGUGGUUAUAUCACAUUCGAGUAAUGUGCAUAUAAGCAACAUUAUGGUGAAGGACAGUCCAAAUUUUCAAAUGUCGUUGGAAGAUUCGAAAUGGGUUAGUGUUAAGCAACUCACCAUAACCGCUGAUGGUGAUAGCCCUAACACUGAUGGCAUUCACAUUCAACGUUCUCAAAAUGUUAUCGUACAUAAUAGUAAUAUCCGUACAGGUGAUGAUUGUAUAUCUAUCGGUGACGGUUCAAAAUACAUUAAUAUAUCACGAAUCUCAUGUGGUCCGGGGCAUGGAAUAAGUAUCGGAAGCUUAGGUCGAUAUGGAACCAAAGAAACGGUCGAAGAUGUUGUUGUUCAAGAUUGCACUUUUAGAGAAACAACUAAUGGGGUUAGAAUCAAGACAUGGCAGACAAACGCUGUGGAGAUCAAGAAUGUAAUGUACAAUCACAUACAUGGAACAUCAAUCAAGAAACCCUUUGUGCAACUCCUAUGCAGCAAAUCAGUCCCAUGUAGAGGUAUUUUCAUGAACGAUAUAAACAUUCGGGAAGAAAACGAAGAAGAAGAAAAAGUAUAUCAUAAACCGUUGUCGCAUGAUCAUCAUCCCUCUGCUGAAUGCAUCAAUGUUAAAGGUGAAUCCAAUGGUGUGAUGAAACCCAAACUAGCUUGUUUGGAAUCAUUUGUCUAGAACACUUUUUUUUCAUUUUUUAAUUAGAACUACUAUAUAGUGCUUGUGUUUUUUUUUUUAAAAACUAU